AUGGCUUUGGUUUCGGCUCUUCUGAAGUCGAAGCCGCCAAGUUCAAGAGAGCUUAAAUAUGAGUUGAUGAGGGAAUUGCCGCCUGGUGAACUUAUAGUGGUUUCACCUUAUGCUUCAGUUGGUGAGCUGAAGGAAGCAGUACAAGGUGCAAUGAGGGAUACUGACUUUAUUAUGGAACAGUUUGUGGUACCUGAUAUUAAAGACAUGGAGGAAAUGUAG